AUGACAAGUAUGAACGAACGCAUUGUCGGACGUGGAUGUCAGGCAAGUUGGCUGCAGGACGCGGCACGAGGAGUGCGCCAGUCAACACCCGACCAGGUAAGUGCCAAUUGGGUUUCGUGGAGUGAAGAGGGUGUUGCCGUCACAGGUGUGCAAUUAGAGUGA